AUGGAAGGUCAACCAGACAGCAUCGCUCGCGACUUCCACCAUGGCGACAGCACAGAUGACGCCCGCGACGUAACGAUCGAUGGGAAGCAUCAGUAUAUUGACGAGAAUGACCCAGAAGCUGCACUCCAGACGAUCAAGACCUCUGGGACCGGAAGCGUGACCAUCUCGUCGGAUCUGUUCGAAAGACUCUACCUGCAGCCAAAAGUCGCCGGACCACCGUUGAAACAUCCAUUGCAGAAGCUUUUCGGAAACCCAACGCCGUUGUAAGUGGCCCCAUUGCAAUUGUAUCGAGUAUUGCUGAUCUCUGUCCAGAGCUAUCAUAGGCUUCGAGAUGAGCCUCAUGCCAAUCACGAUGCAAUUGAUGGAAUGGAGAGGCUCAGGAGGACUUGGAGCCUCCGACAAGUGAGUCCAGGGCGUCCAGACCUUCUGUAAUGCAAGGCUAAUUCGGCUUCCACAGCGCACAAGUCAUCUUCUUCGGUGGUGUUUUGAUGUGGAUUGGCGGGUUCCUAGAAUUCUUGCUCGGCAACACAUUUCCCUUUCUGGUGUUCAUGAGUUUUGGUAUGUCAUGAAGAUCAAUGAGCUCGGUUGCCACACGCGCAUUCGAUGACUGACCUUGCAUCCAGGUAGCUUCUACUGCAGCUAUGGAACGACUUUGGUGUCAGCCUUCGACUCGUUCGCGCACUUCUCCCCCGAUCCCGAGAAUGAUCCUUUCGCAGGCCUCAAGUCGCCCGAGUUCAAUGCCAGCUACGGUAUGGAAACCUCUACUUGUUGCCCGCUGACACUGCAAAGCUGAUCCGCUGAAUUCCUCAUUUGAAGGUCUGUUCUGGGUCAGCUUCACCGUCUUGAUGUUCGUGUUCUUUGUGUGCACGUUCCGCACGAACAUCAUCUACGUCUUGCUGUUCGCCUGCAUCACGCCUGGAUGCGGUUGCAUUGCCGGCGCCUUCCUCAAUCUCGCGGCGGGCAAGUUAGAUCGCGCUCAUGACUGCCAAGUGGUAAGCCUCGUCCCGCUCAUGACACGUUGGCCGACUCCGAACAAUGCUAACAUGCUUGUUCUAGGCUGCUGGUGCUCUCCUCUUCGCCGCCACAUCGAUCGGAUGGUAUUUGUUUGCUGCCCUGAUAUUCCCGUCGGUGGACUUCCCUAUCCCCGUUCCGCUCGGGGACCUGCAGCAUCUCGUACCGGGCCUGUCUGAGCUUGCCACUGGCCAGAGGCAGAGACGUCCGUUGUUCAAGAGGAAGAGUUAUGGUGAAGCCGAGGACGCUGUCUGA